AUUUGGACUAAUCAAAAUACAUGCUCCACCUUGUUAAAAUUGUGAGAAAUUACCUGUGCUACAUAAUAGAUUUAAUUAAUUAAAUUAUACGUCGUUGCGAGGAAUUAUCGGUGAAAUAUCGAGUGAUAAAUAUUCGUCGAUAACUUUGAUCAAUCAAAGGUCGAGAUCAUUAUCGUAUUCAUCAAUGCAAUGUAACGAUCGCUCCAAGUUGUACAUCAUGAUGGACGAAAGACAAUCGAUAAAAGACUCUUUGAGAUGUUUACGAAAAUACGGCAGUACAUCGAGUAACAGCUGCAAUAAAAUACCGGACGAGUUUAUCAAACAUAUAGUAACCAAUACAGACACAUUGCAAGGGAUCGCUUUGAAGUACGGAGUAACGACUGAACAAAUAAGACGCGCGAAUAAAUUAUGGGCCAACGAUAGUUUAUUUUUGAGAGAAAGUUUACUUAUUCCGGUGAUGAAAAGCAAAUCGUUACCGUCGACGUCGAUAUCAUCAUUCGAUUCUCCGACCGAAUCGGAUUUAUUUCUUAAUCAAUCGAUAGAUGACGUGAAACCAGUUUCGAACGGCGUACAUAAAGCUGAUUCCGUUCAUUCGUCCGCUUCCAGUUGUAAAAACGAUGACGAUUUAGAUAGUUAUAACGAUUUCCUGAACCGAAUCGAUGCCGAUAUCGCGAACAAAGCUCAACAAGUUAAACUCACUCAAGAUAAAAGCCUAUUCGCUUCCGAACUGAAUGGCUCAUCGACGCGACGUAAACCAGCCAUGUCUCGAUUGAAACAGCAACAACAACAACAACAGCGUCAAUACAACAGUGUGAAUUCGUACGAAAUGCCAUCAGUGGUCACUCAAGGCAAAACGGUACGCAAUAGUUUGCAAAGAUUGCAAGAAAAACAAGAAGAAAUAUUCGAACUAUAGUUGAAUGCCAUCACGAGCACCGUAUUACCCGUACGUGCUACAGCCAUUAGUUAAAUAUUAAUACCAUUUUAUCGUGUACCUUUUCUUCUUCUUCUCCUCUUUCCCUCAUUCUCAUGCUCACUUUUAACGAAUCCUCCCCCGUCUUGCCUUUUUUUUUUACGCAGCUAAAUUAACCGUUACGAUGUGUUGAGCUUCACUGUUUAUUAUUCCGCUUGUUUGAUAUUCGUAAAUUAUUCCUGGUGUUGUUUUUUUUGUGAUGCGAACAAACUAUUUAGUCAGGCUGGGGCCUUUGAUUCGAUGUUCCUUAUUCUCAUUUCAUGUAUUUCGUUCAUUCGAAUGUGUGUAAUAUUUUUGCUGCAAUAAUAAUAAUUUACGGAUCGAGUGCAAUAUUAUAAUACAUUAUUAUGUAAAACAUAAUUCAUCUCGUAAUCGUGUAUCUAUGUAUAUAAAUUUAUUAACGCCGUUUGAGUUGUUGCAAGUACAACAGUCUGCGUGGUUUUGUGAUGUGGCUGGAGAAAAACGUGUUUUUCUCCUAUCAUGCCAAACUUUAAUCGUAUCGAUGCGAUUUACCCUUUUUUUUAAAUGGAUAAAAAAAAAGAAUUGUUAUCAAUCUAGUUUUGUAAUUUUUUCGUUUGUUUACUUACAUAUCGUUAUUAUGUUUUAAAUAAAACAAACUUUUUCUAUU